GCUUCGCGCAGUAGAAAGUGCUCUAUUUGUAAAUAUUGUUAUAUUGUAAAUAUUAGAAGCGAAUAGUAUUUAUACAAGAAAUCCUUGUUUUUAAUAUUUAUUAAAGUGUUUUAUGGAUAAAACUCGUCGGUUGAGACAAGUUUAAGCCCAUACAGGGUUCAUCAUGGUGAUGGAAGCCAAUCCCAUUGGUGACAAUCACACAGAUGAGCGAGUCCAUAGCACAUCCCUGCGGCCGAGAGCAGGCGGCGAUGUAAUCCCAGAACGUUCCGUGGGAACACUCGACCUGAACAUGUCAUAUUCAGCGCCCUCCAACUUAGUACUAACGCCAGCCCCUGAAUGUCGUAAACUGUCAAGAGGUAUAUCAAGAGCGACAGAUAACGAGGGGCUGGUAUGGGCGUUAAGAAGUAACACAGACCCGGAACCGAACACACUAACCUCCGACCACAUUCUCCUACUGCCGGAUAUAUCAGUGUAUCCGCCAGAUUUUAGGAUAUUUAUCGAAAAAGAUCUUCUCGAAACGGCCACACUCGUAACAUUAGAGUCGGCUAGUAUAUUGAACUGGUGGCGCCACGGUCGCGUUCCGGGAGCUCCCCGGCUGUUGCCGCUGGCGACAUCUGGCGAUGGCAAUUGCUUACCUCACGCGGCCUCACUAGCUGCUUACGGGUUCCAUGAUCGACUUCUGGCACUCCGAACGAAAGUGCAAGCCUUGUUAUCCGGCGAGGGAGGUGAUGUACUUACAAAGGCCAUAAAGCGGCGCUGGCGCUGGUCGGAGAGCGUCCCGCUGCGCUCGGCGGGGCUGCGGCCGUCGGAGGGCGAGUGGGCGCGCGAGUGGGCGGACGCCGUGCGCGCCGCGUCGGCCGAGCCGCGGCCGCGCCCGCAGCCCGCCGCGCAGCCGCACUACGCCGGCCUCGAGCAGCUGCACGUGUUCGCGCUCGCGCACGUCAUGAAGCGCCCCGUCAUCGUGUUCGCGGACGUCGCGCUCAGGGAUUUCCGCGGCGAUCCGAUAGCCCCGAUCCCCUUCGGCGGUAUCUACUUACCCUUGGAGCUGGACCCCGCAGUGUGCAGUAAGGCGCCCAUCCUGCUCGCUUACGACGCCGGACAUUUCUCAGCACUAGUCCCUUGCGAGCCCCUACCGACUGAUGGAGCCAGAGUCCCGCUGGAAGACGAGGCUGGAAACCCUAUGCCGAUACGCUUCAACGUAGAUCCGGGGGAAGAUUUCCGAUGGGACGUCGAGCCGGAUCAGAAAACCAUCAACAACCUCCUACCGGACGAGUACCAGAGGACGGCCAUGCUCGCCGCCUACCUCGACCUCGAGACCGUCGAGUGCCUGUCGCGCAGCCCCCCGCCCGAGGAGCUCCGGCGGUCGCUCGACGCGCUGUCGACGAAGAGCUCGAAGCAGCUGAACUCGGUGGCGAAGCAGUUCGGCAGCAUCGGGCGCUCGAUGAGCAGCAAGCUGAAGAAGAACUUCGGCUCGAUGGCCAAGCUGGGCGGCAAGAGCGGCAGCCACAGCAACCCCGAGGAGGGCCCGGCGCGCCGCUCGCCGUGCGCGCCCAGCGCGCUGCUGUGCUGCCGCCUGCGCGCCGCGCGCGCGCCCGUGCAGGACGAGAUGGUCAAGAACUACCUCGACGAGGCGUGGAUCGGGUAUACAGCCGAAAAAAACAGAAAGGAAGAAAACCGUACAGCGCCUUCGCAGCCGCGCUACGGCACCGGUCGCUCGCAGUUCUACGCUGAAGCCGACCGAGCUGCUCACGAAGUCGCCAGAACGCUUACCACUAGGUCCGUUAGGCCUGCGCAGGAUCGAACCCUGUACCUUUCUAAGUCAACGUUCUACGACGACCGUCCCCCCUCCCCUAAACCUUGCCGGGCCCCGCUCUGCAUGUACUACGGGAGUCCGGCGAAUAACGACUACUGUUCCAGGUGUGCGAAGUUACAGUGAGUGCUUCCCACUACUAAUGUAGUUUUAGUCGUACUUAAUAAUCACAAAGUUUUUGUAUCUUUCUGUCGUAUUGAUAAAUAUAUAUUUGUCUCGCUCUAACUCGUUACUUAUCACUGAUCAAUACGAGACAAAAAGUACCUAACUUAAGAGCGAUGUACGUAGACGAUCUAUGAUUCGAAUUCCAAAUUUUAUUAAACCUAUAUUAUAUCAGAUAGAAUAUAACAAUAUACUAAUUUAUCCGAAUGGAGUAACUGUAUGUGCUUCCAAUUUUGUAUGUUAUUUUUUUAUAGGAGUCUUGGUACAUGACACUAUAACAUUAUCAGACAAUAGUUUUUUGAACGCAAAACCCCACUAAACAAUACAAGCACCAAAAUAGACUAGUCUGUACAAUGCUUUUAAAUGAUUAUGUAUGUAUGUGUGUGUUCGAAUACUCUCGUUCAUUUGUUAUUUUCGUAGAAAACUACCAACCAAGUAUUUUUCUGAAAAAUUAAAUUAAAUUUAGGAUUGAUAAAAAAUAUUAAUAACAUUGAAUAAAAAUUUCGGAUAUCAAAGUAUUAAAUUAUACUCAAUAAACUGUUGCUAGUUUUCUAGCAUGUAUAUUUUAUAAAAAAUCGUUAAGUAAAUUUAUGGAUAUUAAGUUUUUUAUAUAUAAAAAAGUUUGUUUGAUACUGCUCUGUGCAGUCAUUGCCCUGAAUAUUACUUUACUUUUUUUUUUUUCAACCAUUGACAAGUUUCAUUUAGACUUUCCAUUUUAAUAGUCACAGAAAGUUACGUAAAUUAAUUUUCUAUUUCGUUAAUAUUGUUACAAUUAUUUAUUAAUAUCAAAUGCAACUGGACAUUAAAGUCACCAUAGACUCUAAAAUAACUUAAUACAUUUUUGUAUUUGAAAUUUGUUUAAAAUAUCCCAACUGGGUAAUGCUA